UUGUAAUAUCCCAAAAUUGGAUCUAAACUGAGAGAAAAAUAAGUGGGUUUUUAGAGUAGAAGAGAGAGAAAAUUAGAAAGAAAUUAAGAAGAAGAGAGAAAAGUCUCUGAAAAGAGCUUUGACUCUCUUCUAUGGCAGAUUCACACCUUCAAUUUCCCAUCUUUUUCAAUUAAUUUUUCUGGGUUUUUAUAUAGUUUUUGUUUUUACUUUUAUCUCAAAUAUUUCAACAAAUCUUUUUCUUUUUUUACUGGUUUUGUUGGUUGAACAUUAACCAUUUAUUUAGUCUUCUUCUUUCUAUCUCCUCAACUAAGCAACCUACUUUAUUUUAUUUUUAUUUUUAUUUUUUGUUUUUCCCUAUUUUAUCCCAAAUCUCAGGAAUUUCCCUCAAAAAGUACUUGAAUCUGAAAUUUGAACCUUACCCAGUUGAUUAUUUUCUAUUAUCUGAACUGGGUAUACCUCAAAUCUUCAAAAAAUUAGAUUUUUGAUUGAUGGGUAAUUGUUGUGGUUCCCCAAAUGGAGGUAAAACUAGCAAGAAAAACAAACCAAACCCAUUUGCAGCUGAUUAUUCAGUAAAUCAAAGAUCUGAAGCAAACACAAAAUUAUAUGUUUUGAAAGAUCCUACAGGGCGUGAAAUACACGCGCAGUAUGAACUAGGAAGAGAGCUUGGAAGAGGUGAAUUUGGGAUAACUUAUUUAGCAACUGAUUUAAAUAGUGGUGAUAAAUAUGCUUGCAAAUCAAUUCUUAAGAAGAAGCUUAGAACUGCUGUUGAUGUUGAUGACGUUAGGAGAGAAGUUGAGAUUAUGAAACAAUUACCAAAACACCCUAAUAUUGUUACUUUAAAGGAUACAUAUGAAGAUGAUAAUGCUGUUCAUAUUGUAAUGGAGUUGUGUGAAGGUGGUGAGCUUUUUGAUAGGAUUGUUGCUCGUGGUCAUUAUACUGAGAGGGCUGCUGCUCUUGUUACCAAAACUAUUGUUGAAGUUGUUCAGAUGUGUCAUAGCCAUGGAGUGAUGCAUAGGGACCUGAAGCCAGAGAACUUUCUAUUUGCCAACAAGAAGGAAAACUCUGCCUUAAAGGCCAUCGAUUUUGGAUUAUCAGUAACUUUUAAGCCAGGUGAGAAGUUUACUGAGAUUGUGGGCAGUCCUUACUACAUGGCUCCUGAGGUUCUAAAACGUCACUAUGGCCCAGAGAUUGAUGUUUGGAGUGCUGGAGUUAUUUUAUAUAUCUUGCUGUGUGGUGUUCCUCCUUUCUGGGCCGAAACUGAACAAGGUGUUGCACAAGCCAUCAUUCGUUCAGCUGUCGACUUUAAAAGGGAUCCAUGGCCAAAAGUGUCAGAUAAUGCAAAAGAUCUAGUGAAAAAAAUGCUUGAUCCUGACCCAGAGAAGCGACUUACAGCCCAAGGAGUACUUGAACAUCCUUGGUUGCAAAAUAUCAAGAAAGCUCCAAAUGUCUCCCUUGGUGAAACUGUGAAAGCCAGGCUGAAACAGUUUUCUGUGAUGAACAAGCUCAAGAAAAAGGCUCUAAAGGUGAUUGCUGAGCAUUUGUCGACGGAAGAAGUAGCUGGCAUAAAGGAAGCAUUUGAUGCUAUGGAUACUGGAAAGACAGGCAAAAUCAACUUGGAGCAGUUAAGAGUUGGACUGCAGAAGCUAGGACAUCAUAUCCCUGAUGCAGACCUUCAAAUAUUGAUGGAUGCGGCUGAUGUUGAUGGAAAUGGAGCGUUGAAUUAUGGGGAGUUUGUUGCUGUUUCUGUUCACAUUAGGAAAAUGGCCAAUGACGAGCACCUCCACAGGGCAUUCUCAUUCUUUGACAAAAACAAGACUGGAUUCAUAGAGGUUGAUGAGUUGAGGGAUGCAUUGAAUGACGAUAGUGAUGCUAUUGCCAACAACACCGAGGAAGUCAUAAAUGCGAUCAUGCAUGAUGUCGACACUGAUAAGGACGGACGCAUAAGUUAUGAUGAAUUCUCAGCAAUGAUGAAGGCCGGUACUGAUUGGCGAAAAGCGUCUAGACAAUAUUCUCGAGAACGGUUUAACAGCUUGAGCUUGAAGUUGAUGAGAGACGGUUCGUUGAUUGCAAAUGAGGUCAAAUGAACCCAAGGAAAAGAUUGAUUUAAGAUGAUUUACAGUGUAGCUAUUCCUUUUGUUUUUCUUUGACCGGGAAAUUUACUCGCUAAUCAGAGAUCCAGAGUAAUUCCCGAAGAUAAUUUUUUUGCCUGCUUCACAUGGAUACUUCAAGUAAAAAUGGGUUGUGAUCCUGUGUACAAGCUAUGUAAUGUGCUGCAUAGCUAAGGCUUUUUAGGUGGUCUGAUUUAUUACUUUUUUUUUUUUUCGUUUUUGUUUCGGAUUUGUCGGUAGUUGUAAUAGUAAACAAAAAAAUAAUAAUUAGUGAUUAGGGAGUUAAUAGGGAGUAAGGUUGCUAUAUGUGGUCUACUUCAUGCCGUUGUACAUAAGUUGGAAUUUUAAGAUUCCUUCAUUCAGAGAAAUUAUUCUGUCUACUAUCAAAGUUUCUAUUGAGCUACCCAUAUUUGUCACCUUUCUA